CUACCCAUGGGUCCCCUUCGUAGCCUCGCCUUGGCUAACUUCAGCACCAAGAUGGCCCGCCUUGAUGCCACCAUGGAGUCAUCCAAUGGCAACACUCAUGUUGCCACUCUCCAGAAAUGGCGAGAGGCCGGGAAGGAGGCCGAAUUUCUCGUCGAGAUGACUCGGGGAGCAGGUGAGGUGAAGCCUCGCACUGCUUUAGAGGUCGCACAAUUCCUUGCCAAAGGAUCGCCCACUAUGUCUUCAAUCUGCCGAGAAAUCCUGGCAGCUCGAAUCAUCGAUACCCUCGACCCAGAGAAGUACAAGCAACACCAGAAGCUCAUCAUCGGCGAGGCCACUCCCGCCAAUGCAUACUGGAUCAUGGCAACAAUCCGUGCAUUGCAAAUAGAUGCCAGAAUUCUGCACGCUGGUCUGUCGAACAAGGCAAAGGCAGAGUCAACCUGCACGAGGUGUGUAACAGAAUUGUGA